AUGUUCAGCAGCCAAGCUGUUUCAGGAGCAAAAGGAAGUACAGUUGGUUUCUCGUUUUUGUCCAUCGAUGGGGUCCAAGUUCUAUGGCCACUGCAGAGCCGGACCGCACGAUUGCAGCACAUGCACAUGGGCCUGAAGACUGCAGCCAAUCUUGUGAGCAACGUCUUUGAUUCUGUUGGAGAGGACUUGUUGGCAAGCUUUGGUUGGUGUUGCCCAAGCCUCGACAAUGGCGACAUGACAAGUUUCCUAUUCGGUUGUGGUCUUCUGUUCGCUUUUGACUUCACUUCAUGUUGUAAAAAAAGGGUCUACGUGCGAGGUCGUUGUGUGGACGAUGACGACAGGGCCCCAGCAUGUGGCCAAUGUGGCAUGCAGAGCCAAGCUGCUUUGGCCAGCAAGGUCGGCAACCAAGUCACGUGUGUCACCCAGAGCUGGCUGUGUCGAAUCGUUUUAAGAAUUUCGGUCUUCCAUGUUUCUUCACACCUGCAGGAAGCUGCCGGAGGCAAGUUGGACGAUGAAUGA